UUAUAAUUUUUUUUUUUUUAUUCAUAUGUUUUUAAAAUGGAGACUGGCAUUUGUGCCAGUGAUGCUUUUUUGUUUUUAUUUUUAUCAAACAAACAGCUAAAUUCACACGUAAAUGGACAAUAAUAAAUCAGAUCCGGAUUUUUUAUCAUGUCAUUGUGAUGAAAUAUUUUAUCUACCAAGUGAAGUUGUAAUUCAUAAUAAGCCUGAUGAUUGUUGGGUAUCAUAUUUUGGUGGAGUUUAUGAUUUAACAAAAUUUUGCAAUGAAGCUGAUGAUGAAGAUGUAAUUAAACCAAUUAUUGCAAAUGCUGGAAAGGAUAUUAGCCAUUGGUUUGAUCAUGGAAAAAAUGAUAUUAAAUAUCAGCUUGAUGAAUCAAGUGGUGAUGUUGUUAUUUGUUGUCCACAUGGAAAAAUUCCAAAUAUUAUUUUUGGAUCGAAAUUUCGUCCGCUUGACAAGUGUCCAUGGUGGCUUGAUGAAAAUUAUAAAAUUGGUAAUUUAACUAUUAAUUCAAGACCAUGUAAAAUUGUAAAUACUCUAACUUCCUGUGAAGUUAUUAUACUGGUUUGUGAAGAGGAUAAAAUUUCGAAAAUUCAAGAACGAUAUUUGGCUUUUAAUUGUCAUGCAAGUAAUUAUAUUUGGAAAUUUAAUGGAAAAAAACUUGAUAUGAAUAAAACAAUGACUGAAAAUGGAAUGAUUGAUGAACGUGAACGUUAUACAAAUUGUGGUUUACCUGAAAAUAUAUAUGUACCAUGUAUCAUGUGUUACUUUAAAGAUGAUUUAACUGUGGCAUGAUGGUAUACAUUUUCACCAUAUGCUGCAAAUAGUUUAUUUUUUUUAUAAACCAGUGUAUUGGUAUGUUGUCUAUUUAUUUCUUCCUAGGAUAGUACGUGAACAAAUGCGAGGACAAUACCUUUCUGCUUUUAUUUUGUAAUUUUUUUUUUUUUUAUCAUUCUGAUUUGCUACUGAAACACACGUUAUAAAAUACAUGAUGUAUCGUCAAUUAGACUCAUUAUAUCAU